AUGUUCGUCUGGAUCGCCGUCGGCAUCAAUCUGGGUACGGGGCUGCUGAUCAUCCUGGCCGACAUCAUCCUGCUGCUCAUGUUCCGCGUCAAGAACCGCGACUACGAGAUGGACACGUUGAAGCGCAGCUUCCAGCGCGUACGCGACGCGGCUGGGGAGGCGCGGACGCCCGCGUUGGGCAUCUACUUGUUGUGUAAACAGCUAAAAAUGACGGACGAGGAGAUCCUGGCCGAGUACGAGAAGGAUUGGGGCGAGCGUAAGCUUAUUGUACAGUCGGUGACGGGCAAGGACUGUUCGGUGGACAACUAUUUCCUGAACCGCUACAUGUCCCGUUUCAUGCAGUACGGAUACGCGGAGGAGGGCGUCCUCAUCACGGCGUUGAGGGCUCGCAUCGCUGAGACGGCGAAGAAAGACGAGGAGAAGAAGGACGAAGAGAAGAAA